AUGACUGAUUGGUAUAAUACUUUUCUAACAAUGACAUUGUUAAAAUUAACACCAAAUAAUAUACACAUUCUUAUUGCUGAUGGUCAUCCAGCUGGAAGUUUAGAUAAUGUUUGGUAUAAAUUAUUUGGUAAUUCUAUGUCAAGAAUUGGAGCUUAUCGACGAAAAGACACAACAACCAGUUCACAAGAUCAUAGUAUCAGUAGUAGUAGUAGUAGUAGUAGUAGUAGUAGUAAUAAGAAUAACGCAAAUUUAAUUCGUACUCUUCCAGUCGAUGAACAAGGCUUAUUACAUAUAGCUAAUUUGGUCAUGAUACCUUAUGGUUAUGCAAGUCCUAUAUACGUAGAUAAACCAUUAAUUACAAAUAUGUUUAUUGAAGAAUUUCGACAAUUUUUUCUUCAAAGUUAUCAAUUAAAUCCAUGUGAUAAUAACAAUAAUAAUAACAAUAAUAAUAUUGCUUCACCACAAAUUAUAAUCAUUAGUCGACGUGAUUAUAUAGCGCAUCCACGUAAUAUGAAUGGACAUAUUAGCCGAAAAAUUCAAAAUGAACCACAACUAUUGAAUGCAUUAAAACAACUCGGUUUUCAAAAUUCAAUGAUUAUUGAUCUAGCGAAUUUAACAACUAUGUCAGAACAAUUACAAUUAAUGCAUACAACAGAUAUAUUAAUUGGAAUGCAUGGUGCAGCAUUAACGUAUAGUUUAUUGUUACCGGCUAGUUCUUGUUUAAUUGAAUUAUUUCCUAAUUAUUGUUGUCAACAAAAUCAACAUUUUGUUAAAUUGACAAAAUUACGUCAAUUAUGUUAUCAAUCAUAUUAUGGUUCAGUUGGAAAUGAUUUAAACAAUUAUGAUUUAAGUCAAAUUCCAGUGGAUCAAUUUAAAACAUUAGUUUUACAAACUUAUCAAAUAUGGAAAGAACAAAUUGUUAGUGGAAAAAAAAGCAGAAGAAAUUCUUGUUUGAAAACAAGAUAA